AUGGAAGUGGCCCAAGCCUUCGCCGUCGAGGCUGGUCUCAGCAAUCUAGAAACCCUGGCCCAAGGCCUUGAAUUCAGUGUCUACAAGGCGACAUCGCUCACUCACAACACCGUCGUCCUCCGCGUGCCCAAGUUCAAAGUCUUCCAAAACGCCAACGACUCAAACAUUGAUGCCCGCGCCCUCGUCCGCCAAGAAGCCGCCAUCCUCGACCUCCUCCGGUCUACCGCCGUCCCCGUGCCCCGCUGUCACGGCAUCUACGAGGUAAACGGCUAUCCCGCCAUGGUGUGCGAGUUCAUGGCCGCUGAUAGUGUAAGCGCUGCCGACGACGAUGCAGCGCUCGGCCGCGUCGCCGCCCUCAUCCACGCCACACCGAUCCCGGCUGACUGGGCCGUCGAGCUCCUGGCCAUGGAGGGUUUCAGCCGCACGCAGCUGCCGGCGCUGUUUCUGAAGCGCAUGCGACGCCGCUUCGAGGUGCUCGGUGAGCUGGAGCCACAGACAAGAGACUGGGCGCUGGACGAGGCGACGCUGCGCGCAGUGGCGGAGCCGUUGCUGCUGGGGCGGGAGCCGCCAGCCCUGCUGCACAUGGACCUUCGGCGCGUCAACUUGCAGAUGAGCCGAGGCGAGGUUUCGGCCGUGUUUGACUGGACGAAUGCGCUGCUGGCACCGCCGGUUGUUGACGUGUACCGGAGCAUGGAGUGGGGAGCGCAGAGCGAGGCCUUUCUGCAAGGAUACAAGAGUGUCCGGCCGCUGGAGGCCGUGUCGGAGCGGGAGGAGGCGUUUCUGAGACUGGAUGCUGCGUUGGUGCUCGCGCUGGUGUUUGUGUCUGAGGCGCCGGAUCCAGAGAGGAGAGUGGGAGCUCUGCGGCGCGUGCAGGAGCUGUGUGAAGUGCUGAAAACGUAG